AUGAAGACGGUGUGUUUGGUCUUGAUUGCCCUCGCUUUCGCCACCGCAGUUUCCGCGGAGUCUUUGCUCUACAAAACAUGCAAACAAUUUGUUUUCUUGGAGAGCCUGGAGAAAAAGGACGGAUCAUGUGGCAAAAAGUAUACCGAAGAACAGAAGAGGAAAUGUAUUGUAAGUGCCAUGAAAGCCUCAAAUGUUAAAACUUGUAGUAUUUCGAAGAACAUGCAAAAGGGCCAUUUCCCGAUCGUUUCUCCGAAGUUGCGAUUGUUACAGGACUCAUUCAUUGCGAGUAUCUAAAGUGUCAACUAACUGAGGAAUACUGUGAAAGAAACAAGGCCACGUUUGAUAGGUUGUCGCCACAGAAACAGUGA